CUUGUAACGCACCCCAGGUUGUUGGGGUCCCCUUAUAAGGAUGGAUCUGGUCAAUUCGUAUGUUGCGCUCUUCUCCUUCUCUUCUCUUCCCCUCCUAUUCUUUUCCCCUCCUAUUCUCUUCUCCUCCUAUUCUCUUCUCCUCCUAUUUUCUCCUCCUCCUAUUUUCUCCUCCUAUUUUCUCCUCCUCUUCCCUCCUUGCUACGGAACUUAGGGAAGCAUGGAGCAUGCUAAUGGUGUCAACGGUGUCAAUGGUGUCGCUCACAAGCACACGCGCAGUAUGAGCCGGAGUUUACCGUUCUUGACUGAUAUUCUAGGAAAUAGUCUGAAUGACCGGUUACUGUUUGCUGUGCCUAAGAAGGGGCGUCUCAACCAAGCCUGCCUCGACCUCCUCCACGGCUCAGACAUCCAAUUCCACCGCCAUUCACGCCUCGACAUCGCACUCGUAAAGAACCUUCCUCUCGCUCUGAUCUUUCUCCCCGCCGCAGAUAUUCCCACAUUCGUUGGCGAAGGCCGCGUAGACUUGGGAAUAACGGGCCGGGAUCAAGUCGCCGAACAUGAAUGCUUAGCACCACCAACAGCUACAACAGGUGUAGAGGAGGUAUUAGAUCUGGAUUUCGGGAAAUGUGCUCUGCAGGUGCAGGUGCCCCAGAAAGGUGACCUGACCCGGCCUGAGGAUCUCAUUGGAAAGAACGUCGUCACAAGCUUCACAAAUCUCACGGAGCAGUACUUUCGGAAAUUAGAAGCGCUACAGUCAGGGGAAACACUGAAUGGUGACGCAAACGGCCAAAUAAAACUCAUGACUAAGAUCAAAUACGUGGGUGGCAGCGUGGAAGCUGCAUGCGCUUUAGGUGUAGCAGAUGGUAUCGUCGAUCUUGUCGAAUCCGGAGAGACGAUGCGGGCAGCUGGUCUGAAGGCAAUCUCGACGGUCAUAGACUCGAGCGCUAUACUCAUCAAGUCGAAGCACCCCUCAGACCCAAGACUCGUCGAGCUCAUUGCUUCGAGAAUCCGAGGUGUCAUAACGGCCCAAAAAUACGUACUAUGCACCUACAACAUCGAACGCCCCAAACUCGACGCAGCCUGCAAAAUCACGCCCGGAAAACGCGCUCCCACCAUCAACUCUUUAGAAGAAGAAGGUUGGGUUGCUGUAUCAGCUAUGGUAGAGCGAAAGAGAAUUGCCGUGGCAAUGGACGAACUAACCGCUGUUGGCGCUUGCGACAUCCUCGUUAUGAAAAUCGAGAAUUCAAGAACGAUUCCGUAGUGAGGGUGGCGGAAGUGGAAAAGCCGGUUGUUUGUCUUUUUCUGUCUAGAAAGGA